AGUUAUACAUCGAUGAUUGGUUUGGCGUUGAUAGCGACAGGAACAGGUGGUAUCAAGCCCUGCGUAGCUGCCUUUGGAGGUGAUCAGUUUCGUUUGCCAGAAGACAGUCAGCAGUUACAAAAAUUCUUUUCAACAUUCUAUUGUACGGUAAAUUUCGGAGGAUUUAUGGGAAUGAUUGUAACGCCAGCUCUUCGCAGAGGCAUCAUGUGUUUUGGUGAUGACGCCUGCUACGCACUUGGCUUUGGUUUUCCUGCGAUUCUUGUGCUUAUUUCAAUCGUCAUAUUUGUUAUGGGAAAACCGUGGUACAAAAUUAAGCAGCCACGUGACAACAUUACAUUAAAGUUUGUUUUAUGCGCAUGGUAUGCAAUUAAGAAGAGAAUACGGUACAAUAAAAAUAUCGAUGGCCCUCCCCGUGGACAUUGGCUCGAUUACUCAAUCGAGAAAUAUGGAGAGAAAUUAGUUUCCGAUAUGAAAGUCGUCUGCUCAAUAUUAUACCUCUACCUCCCGGUGCCGAUUUUUUGGUCGCUAUUUGAUCAACAGGGAUCUCGUUGGACCUUUCAAGCGUCUAGAUUGCGAAGCGAAGUAUUUGGCGUAACAUUGAUGCCCGAUCAGCUUCAAGUGAUGAACCCUGCAAUGGUGCUAUUAAUGAUUCCUAUGUGUCCCGGCGGCGCUUGGCCACUCUUACCUGAUCUCUCUCCGCUACAUAAAAUGUUUGCGGGCGGGAUUUUAGCCGCAAUGUCUUUUGUUUGCGCUGGUAUACUCCAGAUAAGUAUAGAGCGUUCGACUUUACAACCGCCGGGGCAUGAACAGACCGGUCUCGUAGCACUGAAUACAUUAGGAUGUCCGGUGGAAUUAUCGGUAAGCGGCGAGGGCUCAGCGCGAGUGGACGCACGCGGCACAGCGCUCCUGUCCCCUUUACCUCACCGCACGUAUGAUGUUACCGUGAUCUGCCCCCGGGAUUGCUCCGGUAGAAUUAUGAAGCGAUAUACCGUCAGAACGCAUCUGAAAACUGUAGCUGGAAUGUUUAUGCCAAUCAUUAUAGGACAAAACUCAGACGAUGAAGUAUCACUUUACUUUAUGGAUCCAGGAACAUUUGUGAAAUCGCUAACGGGAAAACCAAAGUUGAAGGUUGUUUACAUAGGUAACACGGGACCGAACAAGAACGUGACGAUUAAUGUGGAAACGGAGAAGAGAUUGAAUGAUAUUUACUAUGUGUCGAACUCGCCAGUCGAUCAUAUCGGAGAGUCCGCUUACAUGUGCCUACAGCCAGGAAAAUUUGAAUGGCGCGCUACGAGUGCUGAUGGACAGGUAUCAGGAUCGGGCGAAGGUGACGUGCGCGCGGGCGGCGUCUACGUGCUGUGCGUGCGCGAGCGACUGGACCGGCUGGACGCGGCGGUGCUGCACGCUCCCAACCCACCCAACGAGCUGCAGCUGGCGUGGAUCGUGCCGCAGUAUCUGCUCGUUUCGAUGGCAGAGAUCAUGUUCGCCGUCUCGGGGCUCGAGUUUUCAUUCACUCAGGCACCUAAGAGUAUGAAGACAAUCACGAUUGCCGCAUGGUACAUGUCUGUAGCGAUCGGAAAUCUCAUAGUGAUCCUUGUAGCACAAACAAAGAUAUUCGAAUCUAGGGCGAAAGAAUUUUUUGUUUACGCUGGUAUGCUGAUGGCCGCCAUGUUUCUUUUUUAUCGGAUGGCUGAAGGCUAUUGUUCAAGAACAAUAGAGGGAGACGGGUCCUCCUCAGAAAGUCAUCCAUUACUGCACCACACACAUUCUAGGGUGCUAUCGGUUCAUUCGGCGAAAACAUCUGUAAGUCGUCCGUACAGUGAACCGGGUAGCACCGAGUCCUGUCUGGGUCGCAUGGAGCGCGCUAGACCCUCGGCCUGGCCCGCGCAUGCUGUCGUGCACGUCGGUACUCCGAGCACCACUGACCGGAGAACUACUACGUUAGCUAAAGAUUAACUUAUACUUUUUCCUGUUAAAUAAUUUAAUUAGUUAUUGCAUAGCAUGUUUUACCAAAUGACUGUAUUUGUAUAAUUUAAGCUUUU